AUGGUGUUUGAACAGAAGUCAAUUACUACGUGGAUGUGCCUUUUGGCAGUAUCAACAUACUGGUGGCAAACGGCACACGGCCAAUUUCAUCAGGGUCAAGUAAGAGCUCCCGUUCACCCUGUGGUCGAACGGGUGUUACAGGAAGAGGCCAAACUACCUCCACAUCUUAUGAACCCAUUUUACAAAAGUCCGCGGGUGCGGCAGGCUCUAGCUAAAUCUAGCUGGUUUGGAGUAGGCGAAGAACCGGUCUAUGACAGAGAAGCUGAGAAAAUAUCGAGGAAAGAAAUUUAUAACGUACUGAGUCACGCAGGAUUUGUUGCAAGAAGAAAUUUUUUUUAA